AUGCAUUUCUCCUACACGGGUGCUUCCAUGGUGUACGUGGACAUCGAACCUGACACGAUGAACAUGGACCCAGCCAAGGUCCGCGAGGCUAUUAUCCCAAAGACUCGUGUAAUUGUUCCAGUUCACUAUCCUGGCGUACCAUGUGACAUUUAUGCCAUAGCGGAGGUCAUUGGUGAUCGUGAAGAUAUAUACAUCGUUGAAGACGCAGCCCAGGGCCUCUUUUCUUCUGACAAGAAUGGGAAGGCCCUUGGCACCAUAGGACAUAUCGGAUGUCUCAGCUUCGGUGGGACCAAAAAUCUCACUUCCGGCGGAGCAGGCGGCGCUAUUGUCAUCAAUGACCAAAGACUGCUUGAUCGCGUCGAGACUAUUCGAGACAAAGGGACCAAUCGAACCCAGUUCCUCAAGGGUGAAGUGGAUCACUAUACAUGA